UCUUCGUUGUUUUCGUGGACAGGUUGCAGUGAUGCCUCGCGCAUUUCAUCACCAUUACCCGGAUAAUGACUCCGCAUUGUCAGAUGAGCCGGAAGACGGCCGGAACUACGGUCAUGUGCAUCAGUAUCCGAGGCGGAUCAGUCCCGACUACCUUGAAGAAGAUGAGGUACCCAUACCUGUGAGGCCACCAAGAACCAGGGCCAUCUCUGAUAACCGGAGAUACAAUGUGAAUAGAGCUCCUUCUCCGGACUACACGUCCAAUGAUGACCGAGCCCCUUCAGAUAGGGACCUAUCUGAGUAUUCCAUGGAGAUUGAAACUAAAGUUCCGCAGAAUCACUAUGCAGAACCCAGGGCACCACUCCCUGAGUCUCACUACAAAUCAAACCUUCAGAUGGCCGGCAUUUACAAGUCUCCCUCCGAGCUCAGCUAUCACACCUACAAGAGUGCUGGAGGCCCGCCGAGAAGCAUGCGGAGUGGUGUGGCACCAUCUGAGUCGGCGACUGUCAAGACCAAGACCAGCCGGUACGGAAGGAUUCAAGUGGACACUGUGGCCGCACCACACCCAUACUGUCCAAACACAAAGGGCACCUGUUGUUUGAUGGUGCUCUUCAACCUGGCCUUGAUCAUCAUUGUUCUGGGAUUCAUCGUGGUCUUGCAGAUCCGCGACCCCCCGCCACUCUGGUACUUCGGCUUUUGUAUGCUGAUCUUUGGCUUCUGUACACUCGUGGGGACGUUGGUCUACUGCGUGUACGUGUGCCGGGACAGACCGGAUCCGAACACCUUGCCUUAUGGAGAACUGUACUGGACUCAUCACUGGAGACGCUCUCUCAACUUCGGCCAGAAGCCGAAGCAAAACGAGAUUUUCUACCCUCCGGAUGAUGCCCACAGUUUUCGGUCUUCCCCGAGGCAUGAAGAUGCAUACAGCAACUAUUCCUAUGGUGGACACUCAACACCUGGAAGAACCCAUCGGGAAACUGUCCCAAAACCCACAGACUACUACGGCAACUACGAAUCAAGAACUCAUCAAGAACAUUCUACGAGUUUUGUGAUGGAAGAUGAUGUGUCCCUAGUACAGACCGGGAACGUUUCUCCGGUUCUGUUGAGUGCAUUGCAAGUUGGUCGUUUCAAGCGACUUAGUUAUGAUAAGUCGGGUGCAUUGUCAGAGAGACAGUCAACUAUCUCCUGCGUUAUCCGAACCCAGACGAUGCGCAUAUCUCUGAAAAAGGAGUGUCACAUUUCCCCGGGUCGCACGCUGUACCGCGCGGAUGAACCUGAGUGUGACUCGGAAAUUUCAGCCAUGUCUACGGCGGACUCCGUGGCUGUGUCAGACACGGAAAAUGCUCUUACUGCUGAGCUAGAAGAAACUGAUAUAAUGAAUCAUAUUCCGAAUGUUGAACUGGAGGAUGCUUACGAGGAUGAGUGCAGUGACUUCGGGGCGAUUCUUCAGGUUGAAGAUGGUUUGAAUUACGUACCACACGAGCUGGCUUUGUGGGAAGAACGGCGCCAUGAAGUAACGAAUAAAACUAUGACAGCCCGCCAAGACCAAGUUUGGAACACGUUUGCAUUUUUCCGGAGAAUAGCUGAAGAAAAGAAACUAGCAGCCAUUGAAGCUGCUGCAGAAGAGCGGAGACGAAGAAAUUUAGAAGCAGACAAAGAUAGAAUGUUAUGGACUGCCGAACUCCAGAAAUUGUCUGCUUCUAUCAAGAGAAGUCAUGAUUCAAAGGCUGAAGAGUUGCAGACGAAAACCGAGACGAUUGAAGAAGCUGCCACACAAGAGCGCAGUUUACUGCAAGCGCGAUUUCAAAUCAUUAUUGAUUUGGAGAAGUCGAUUAGUGAUAAGAUUGCCAAAGUUCAUGAAGGCCUGUCUGAAUUCGGAAGAAUCUCCCCACGACCACAAGUGACAGACUCAUUGCGAGCACACUGCGCUCCAAGUCUUAAUCAAGCAAAAAAUCUGCUUGAUGCCUCAGCGUCAAGGAAAUCCGAGGGAAUCUGGACCGAAAAAGAUGUUGCUCAUUUCCAGCAGCAAGAUUUGGUUAUGGCUAAAUGCCUAAGCUUCGUGAAAGAGGCUCAAGAAAAACUGAAGGCACGUUUGGCUGAACAAGAGCGUGCUUUCGAAGCCGAAAAAAGCGCUGUAGCUGUUGUCCCCAGUGUUAUAGCAAAAUCGGCUGCUCCUCCUCGUUCCUCUUUCUCUGUAAUCAAGGAGUAUGAAAGACUGUUAUCCCGCAUUGAAGAUGUCUCCAAGGUUGCAGAAGCGAUAUCCUCUGAAGGUGCUUUGAAGAAAUAUCGCUUUCUUUUGCAAUUCGACAAGUGCCCGAAAGCUGUCAACCUUCCCAUCAAUGCUAUGUCAAAUGACGUAACGUCGAAUUUCCGUCAAAUGACGGAUAGGCUGAUCAGUUUGCUUCGUGGACAAGUUGUUGAAGCUGGAGGUAAUGAAACUGUCACAACCAGUUUGCAUCCUGCUGCGCUACCUUUUUGCAUGCUGCGAAUGGCUAAAAUGUUUGUGAGGCAAGCUGAAGAGCAGGUUGCGAGCAAACAAGAAUCUGCAUUUCCUCUUGCGGCAACAAUCGUGAGCAUUUGGCAGAGUUGUCCGGAAUGGGGAGAUGUUUUUCUUGGAACAUUGUUCAAAACAUGUCCGUACAUAGUUCCGUAUUAUCCGAAAUUAUCCGGAGAUGCCGAGCAAAAAAUCUUUGGGAAAAAAGUUAUCAACGGUGUUUUGGAAGACGAUCUGCUGUUCUACAAACGAAUGGGUGGAUUGGCAACGAUUUUUGGCGCAAUUGUUCAAACUCCGGUUCAUGGCGAAUCUAAGCACCCUUGUGGACCUGUGAAAGGAUGGGAGCUCAUGUCACACACACUCAAUCUUGAGCCGGUUCCAGGCGUGACUGCGAUCAUCCUCGCCGACUUCCUAAAUGUAGCUGGUCAUCGCAUGAGUGCUGUAUACAAAUUGCAAUUUGUGAAGCUGCUCAAAUGCAUUAGAGCGCAGCUGUUUCCGAGAAUAGGCGCAGGAAUGCCGGUGGUGCGAUUGGAAGAAGUUGUUGACGGUGGCCUUAGAUCUGGAGGAAUGAUGAACGUGCCGAAGGGUUAUAUUGCAACUGUGAUUAAACCUAAUUGAAUGCUGGACGGAUCCUAGGAAAAAAUGGAAGAACUCUUGUUAUCCGGGCUGUCAUUAAUCUGGCCAUAUUUUCAAUUCUAUGAAAGAGAUGACUUGUUUUUUUUUAUUUUUAUGCGAGAAGCUUCAUUUGCGUCUGAAUGAGGCGUAUAAACUCGAGUACCUCGUAUAAUUUCUCCCUAAACUUUGAUCAGAAAGAUCAGACGGGCGUUAUAUUCAAUUGCAGCGGAAAUUGAGUUCAAUGAAUUUUUUUCUUCAAUUAUGUAUUUUUGCUCAUUCUCCUUUUAUUUAUUUUCAAUUUUCGCGUUUUAUGUCGUACCGUAUAUGGUAAUUAUCCAAGCUGCCUUAAUGCGUUAAUGAGCUGCAAGAUUUCCGGGUAUUUUCGGAAUAUCGUAUUACCGUAGGCCAGUUGCAGCGAAAUAUUUAAUCGAAACGAUUGUUGAAAUUUCUUGAACCUGUAUUUAGUGAACUCGAUAAUACGUGCUGUUGUAUGAGCUGGCCGAAAGUCCGAUAACCCGGAUAAUGUGAGUUUCUUUUUAAUUCCGAUUUUCGCGCUCAGUUUGAAUUUUCCACUUUAAAGAUCAGUUUUCUGUUUAUCGGCUUUAGAUGUUGUCGGUUUGUUUUUGUUGGAUUUUGUGGCGGCCGAAAAGCGUAGAGAUAAAGCUCCUGAAUUUUUGAACCUUUUA